AUGACUUUUAUUUCUGAGUCAUUGGCGCAACUCCUGCGGGCAAAACGCCGUCGCAUGCCCAUCUCCGUCACCGCCGUCGGUGGUAUACACGCCGGCACUUUUAAACAUGCGACACAGAUAUUUAUUUCCCCGCAUAGCGCUUCUACUCCGGCUUUUUCAACUGACGCGCUCAUUCUCGGCUCGUUAACUACUUACGUUCCAAAGCGCGGUGUAGAUAUUUCGGCGUUCACGCAUCUUUCGGAUUUAUCGUGGGCCGACCCGGAUCCGACAAGUUUCGAUCCCAUUAGUAUUAUCAUUGGGGCUGAUCUAUACAGUACUUUACUUCUUGGCGGCGUCCGCAAGGGAGACGUCGGCCAGCCGAUCGCCCAAAAUUCCGUUCUUGGAUGGAUUAUUUCCGGACCGAUUGAUUUUCCCGCGGCGAGAUCCCCGUCGCAUUCAUCCGUAGAGAGCUCUCACGCCAGUAUCUCCACACACCAAAUUUCGUGUUCUCCUGCUCUCGAGGAUGAGCUUCGUCGUUUCUGGGAAGUCGAGGAACUUCCACGACAAUCUAUUCUCUCGCCGCAAGAGAGACAAUGCGAAACGCAUUUCCGAGAGACUCAUUCUCGCGAUUCUGACGGGCGAUAUGUCGUUCGCCUUCCUUUUAAAUCUCCUCCCUCUCUUGAUAUCGGAGCGUCGCGUCUCCAAGCCGAGCGUAUGUUAAACACGUUAACGCGGCGAUUUAAAAACAAUUCGGUAUUGGCAAACGAAUAUCAAAACUUUCUCGCGGAAUAUGAACGUUUCGAUCACAUGCGACCUGCGCCUCAACCGCAGAGCGAAACCAUACAGUGUGUUUACAUUCCGCAUCACGGUGUAAUUCGAGAAAAUAACGCUACCACCCCUCUCCGCGUUGUGUUCAAUGCAUCAAGCGCCACUUCCAACGGGUCUUCGUUAAAUGACCAUUUACUUGCCGGUCCAAAAUUACAAACCGACAUCACGUCAAUUUUAUUGCAAUGGCGACGAUACCAAUUUGUCUAUUCCUCCGAUAUCGCGAAGAUGUAUCGCCAAAUUCGCGUCGAUCAACGCGAUAUCAAUUACCAACGCAUUCUAUGGAAUGCAACACCGCAUGAACCGCCUACUGACUACCAGCUGUUAACAGUCACGUACGGUAUGUCCUGCGCGCCCUUCCUUGCCCUUCGCGUUUUGAAACAACUCGUCGACGACGAAGGUCACCGAUUUCCGCUCUCGGUAUCCAUUCUACGCGAGAACAUCUAUAUCGACGAUAUUCUAUUCGGCGCAGACAACGCGGAUUUCAUUCGACAAGCGCGAGACCAAGUAAUCGCUCUCCUGAAAUGCGGUGGAUUUGAUUUAAGAAAAUGGGCGAGUAAUUCGCCCGCUCUCCUCGCGGAUCUUGAUCCCGUCACUCUGAGUUCGGCAGGCAAAAAGCCUCUUUCCCCUGACGAACAAAUCAAAGUUCUCGGUAUCGGUUGGAAUCCUACCACCGAUAUCUUUGAAUUCAGCGUCGCACUUUCGCACCCCGUUCCAUCCAGCAAACGUACCAUUCUGUCCGCUAUUGCGAAACUGUACGACCCUCUCGGAUGGGUCACCGGUAAUUAUAACCGCGAAAAUUUUUAUGCAGCAAUUAUGGCGACAAAAAUUAGAUUGGGAUGA